AUGGUCCCUCCCAUCACUCUCUCGAGCUUCUCCCCUCCCACCUCCCCAACCUCAAUAGCCACUUUCCUCAUCACCAUCACCACCCUCCUCUUCAUCCUCCACAAACUCCACCACGCCCUCACCUCCCCGCUCCGCACCCUCCCCGGCCCCUGGUGGUCGCACUUCACGCACUAUCCACUCAAAAUCGCCAACAUCGCCGGCCGGCGCGUCCACCACAUCCACCGCCUGCACGCCAUCCACGGGCCCGUCGUGCGCAUCGCGCCGGACGAAGUGGCCGUCGCGGAGGCCGGGGCGUGCAGGGCGAUACACCGGCCCGGAUCGGGGUUCGAGAAGGCGCCGUGGUAUGGGAAGUUUGUGAGGGGCAAUGCGGAGGGCAUGUUCGAUAUGGUGGGUGGGAAGAGGCAUGCGGCGCGCAGGAGGCUGUUUGCGAGGGCGUUUGGGAAGAGUGAGAUUAGGGGGCGGUGGGAGGGGAUGGUGAGGGAGAAGGUGGAACUGGCGGUGCAGCGGAUGGGCGAAGAACUGCGGCGCGGCGAGGAGAGCGACUGUCUCAAGUGGUGGACGUUCCUGGCCACGGAUGUCAGCGGGCACCUCAUGUUCGGAGAGAGCUUCCGCAUGCUCGAACUCGGGAAGAAAAACGAAUACAUCGAGACCCUCGAAUCCACCAUGGUGGGCUCCGGCAUCCGCGCCGAACUCCCCCUCCUCGCCGCCAUCGGCAAGCAUCUCCCGCACCCGAAGCUGCAGGCCAUGUUCAACGCCAACGACCGCCUCCUCGCCUACGGCACGCGCGCCAUCGCCUCGAGCAAAGCCUCAGGCAGCCACGGCCACGGCGCCUCCAUCUUCGCCCAGCUCGACCCGGACGCGCAGAAAGAGAGCCCCUUCCCGUUCACCGACCUCGACGUCCGCGUCGAGGCCGGCAACCUCAUCGUCGCGGGCGCGGACACCACCGCCGUGUCGCUGACCUACCUGACGUACGCGGUCCUCGCGCGGCCGGGGUUGAGGGAGGAGUUGGAAGAGGAGGUGGCGGAGGGGCUGGAGGAGGGGUUCGGGGACGGGGAGUGCGAGCGGCUGCCGCUGCUGAAUGCGGUGGUGAACGAAACGUUGAGGCUGUACGGCGCGGCGCCGGGGAGCUUGCCGCGGACGGUGCCGCCGGGUGGCGCGACGCUGGUGGGGAGGUAUCUGCCUGGUGGCACGACGGUGAGCACGCAGGCGUGGUCGCUGCAUCGGGAUGAGGGGCUGUGGGAGGAUGCUGAGAGGUUUGACCCCUAUCGCUGGCUCUCGCUGCCGCAGAAUACUUCGCCUUCGUCGAUGAGCUUUCAGCCGUUCGGCGCGGGCACGAGGAUCUGUUUGGGUUUGCAUCUGGCGCUUAUGGAGCUCCGACUCGCGACGGCCGUGUUCUUCAGGGAGCUGAGGGGCGUGAAGCUGUCGGAGAGGACGUCGGCGGAGAGCAUGGAAGUGGUGAACUUUUUCCUGAUUCAGCCGAAGAGUGGUCGGUGCUACAUCAGUCUUUGA